UGUUUCAUAACAUGACAUGUAGCACAAGCCUUUGACAUUUGCAUCGUAUAAAUUAGCCUAGCAGCUAGCGGAGUUUUUCUCUACUCAUUUGAAGUCAGGAUAAAUCACGCAGGAGUUUCCACCCGUUAGUCAGUACUUAACUACUUAGAUUUAGUUUGAUCCACUGGUCUGUGAUUUGCUCACUCCAAAAUAGAGCUUAGUCAUCUUUGGCGAUGCGGCAGCCUGCUGAUGUCCGUCUGACCAGCUGCUCCUGUGUGCUCAGCUCGUAGGUGCAGCUCAAAGUCCUUCAGUGGUAUUUUACUUCAGUUUGACAUGAGGUGCAGAUCACUGAGCUGUCUGUGAAGUUUUUACAGUGAAAGAAGACGUUGAGAAGUUCAGUGGAGUCGUAUUUUCCAUCAUUACAGCAACAGGAAGCAGGAAACAGGAAGCAGCUGCAGCUUGACUACGAGUCAUCGAAGAGAAGAAACAGCAGCACGUGAUUUAUGCGAUUAAAAAAAAGCAUGUUAUUUGUGAACCUUAAUCGCAUCACAAUUAAUGCGUUAACGCUGACAGCCCUAAUUAUAACAUAAAAUACAAAGGUCAAGUCAUUUCCCAGAAUGCAACAGAAAUGCUGAAAUGAUAAACUCUCCCAGCUGCUAACCCGUGUCCUCCGAUGUCUCCUCCUCAGGUUUGUAGAGGUGCUGGCUUGGUCUGCUCUGUCCAGAUUUCUGAAUGUGUCUCGAGUCUCGAAGCCGUCACGCGGUCCAGGCAACCUCCACUACUUUGGCCAGAUUCCUGCUCUCAAUGACUGUGUUUACAGAUACAUGUACCAGUCCAGAUACGUCGCCCUGCACGAUACGGACAAGCUCAUAGUGCCUCAGUCAGUCUACAGUUGGUCGGAGCUGUUGCCUCUGCUGGAAAAGAAAUAUGGCGUGGACAAGUGUUACCUGUUUGACAAUGCCGUGUUCCGCAGCACCAUCACGCUGCCUCCUCCCACCAACCAAACUCUGCUCCCGCCCAGCUGCUGCCCCGGCUGGCAGAACGUGUCCAGGGUGAACAUCCUGGCUCACCUGUACCGUGAACCAGUCAGAAAGACACAUUCAAACUCCAAGGUCAUUGUCAACCCCAGAGCUGUGUUCUCUAUGAGCGUUCACACAGCGCUGAAAUCACAGAGGGGCUGCGCCCUGGUCAAUGGGACAAUAGCACUGAUGUACCACACCAGACCUCCGCAACAAUCCGAGCUGACACUGGACCAGCUGAUUUAUGACGACCGACUGCUGAACUACAGCUCCCUCCUCAUACCAAAUGUCAACACUGUGAUCAGAGAGAACGGACUUCUACCAGAGGAGAGCGUACAGGACCCUCUGUUUGCAUCCGUGUAUGUGCAAGUGUGUGUGUUCGUGAUUUUGUGUUUGUGUGUGUGUACGUGUGUGUAUUUGUGUGUUUGUGUGAGAGAAAAAGGGAGACUAUUUGUCCCCUAAAACCAGCUCCUUCUUAUUCUGAAGUCGUCAACUGCCGCUCGGUCAGUAGUUUCGGCCUCAGACACCAACACCAUGGAUGGACAGACGGACAGCGUGUGUACAGAGUGGCUGGACAGCAGCGGCCAUUCAACACUUACCUCAGACACUCUUCUGAUUUGUCAGUUUGAUUUCACCGCAAGUAUUUUGGAGGUGUUUCUGGAUUUCUUACAGAGCACAGGUGACAGGAGCUGAAGUAAAAAUGGGGAAUGACGUGACAAAGGUCCUCGGUCAGACUGUGAACAUUACAUGAUGAUGGUUUUAUUACUGUAUUUAAAUCUGUAAAUGUGAUGGUAAAUAGGAAUUAUUGUGAACUUUUUUUACAUGGCAUCAUGAAAUUACAAAAUGCACUUUAAAGUGCUGCAUCUCAUUUUUGUAUUCUGGGAAUUCAAUUUGUUUCUGUGUUCAAUCCUGUCACUCCAAAGUCGUCCAAUACCAGCGCUUGGUCAGUGACCUCCAGAAAAACCUGUCCUUUCACGUUUGCAAGACACGCAACCAGUCACUAUUGAUGCUUAACAGCACCCGGCCGCGUCUACUCGAAUCGCAACCUAGUUCAGAUCGCC